CCUCAUUCUGCUAGAGCCUCUCGUGAUACGCGUAUUGCAGCAAGUACCCUACGCGAUCAGCAUUAUACCUAUGCCCAGAUUGCGUCGCAGUUAGGUAUUACGCAGCGCCAGGUUCAAAAGGCCUGUACCGAUGAGAGGCCAACCCCUCGUAAACCCCGAGGCCAACGACGCAAGCUCUCGGAAGAUAAGCUCGAUGAACUUCCGGUCUCUAAGAAUACUUUACGAAGAGCCCUAGCUAGACGUGGAUAUCACCGAUGUAAGGCCCUUCGAAAGCCACCUUUAUCUGACCGUACACGAGCCCUUCGUCUGACUUGGGCAUUGGAGCACGUAUUAUGGACCGAUGAAACCUGGGUCAUAUCGAUCUAUCAUCGACGGAUCUAUGUGACGCGUCGGUCUGGCGAAGAAUUCGAUGAUACCUAUGUACGAGAGCGUAUCUCUCGUGCACCAGGCUGGAUGUUCUGGGGGUCGUUCUAUGGUAAUGAGAAAGGCCCUUGUCUUUUUUGGGAGAAGGAAUGGGGCACUAUUACUAGUGCUCGAUAUACAGAGCGGAUUGUGCCGCUGAUUCAUGGUAUAGUUACGAUGGCUCGUGAUAACAAUAAGCAUCUUAUUGUUAUGCAAGAUGGUGCGCCUUCGCAUCGAGAUCUUCUUACAAUUGAGGGACGGAAACCCCAGAUAUGA